UCCGGCCCUGGGCGCGGGGUGCCGCCCCUCCCGCCCCGCGCGCGGCCAGGCGCAGCCCGGAGCCACCGCGCCCUGCGCCCCGUGCGAGCGCUCCCUGCCCGGGUCCCCGGCUCAGCCGCCCCGCAGGCCCAAGCCGCGCGCAAACUUUUGCUCCAGUGCCCGGCGCUCCUCCCAGGCAUGUGAAGCCCCCAGGCGCCCGCGCAGCCGCCAGGUUCGCCCCGGGAGCGGGUGCCGCGGGCCGAGAUGCUCCUCCGGGACCCGGUGCUGCGCCGUGGCUGCUGCUGGCCCUCGCUGCUGCUGCACUGCGCGCUCCACCCGCUCUGGGGCUUCGUGCAGGUGACGCACGGUGAGCCCCAGAAGUCCUGCUCCAAGGUGACCGACAGCUGUCAACACAUCUGCCAGUGCCGACCCCCACCCCCACUGCCCCCGCCACCCCCGCCCCCGCCUCCUCCCAGACUCCUCUCUGCCCCAGCUCCCAACGCUACCUCGUGUCCCGCUGAAGAAAGCUGGUGGUCAGGGCUGGCGAUCAUCAUCGCAGUAUGCUGUGCCUCCCUGGUGUUUCUCACUGUGCUUGUCAUCAUCUGCUACAAAGCCAUAAAGAGGAAACCCCUGAGAAAAGAGGAGAACGGCACCGGUGUUGCUGAGUAUCCCAUGACCUCCUCGCAGAGCAACAAAGGGGUGGACGUGAACAGCGCCGUGGUGUGAGUCUGCAGGCCCCGGACCGCUGGCCAGAGGGGCAUCUUGGUGGCACUGGUGGACACAGGAAAGCAGGUGGACACGCGCUGACACUGGGCUUGUCCGGGACUUCAUUGCCUUGCAGGCCUCCAGCCUCCCGAAGGAGAAACCAUCCUCUUCCCAGCCUCGCCCCUGGUCAGCCCACGGGCAGGGGCAGCGGACACCGGGCUGAGCCAGGCUCACCUGCAUGCAGCACUGGGGCCGCACUGCCGCCCGCGGCCUCCACGUCUCUUCCUGGUCUUGUUUUUGGUCCACUGACUGUCUCCAGGCUGCUGUCUAAAGCACAUGCUCUGAGAAGGCAGGGAGUCUGUCUGCUGGGGCAGGAAGGCAUCCCCCUUUAGCCAAAAGAAAACCUCUCCUCCUCCCCAGGAAGCCCGCCUGCUUCUUCCUUGACCUCUCUGUUCCCAACAGAAGCCAUGGGCGCAGCCGUGACACGUCCCCGUUCAAAGGUGCUUCCCACACAUCUGUCCGCCACCCCAUCUGCAGCUGUCUCAGCCUUCAGGGCCUGCCUUCUCCCUCCCGUCGCCACCGACACCUGGGGCCCCUGACCCCUGACUCCCCGUCAUGGAGGGCUGUGAGCCCAGCCUGCAGAGUCUCCUCCGGAUCGAGCAAAGGGGCCCAUUCAGACCCCAGGGUGGUGUCUGGCCAUCCAGGGCAAAACGACUCACUGAACCCCAGGCCCAGGGCCCAGGAAGGACAGGGGCCUGUCCUCAGUCUCAUUCCCACACUUGACCCUCAGAGGAACCAACACUUCCGUGUGAGCCAGGCCCUGCCUUCCCCGGCAGAGGCCACCACUUGUGCCAAACCCACCGCCGGCGCUCUGGCCUGGGCCCACCCGGCCUGGUGCUGGGGCCCCUGGGGCCUGGUACCCAGACCCUCUCCUGAGAGCCCCCAGGCCUCCCAUCACCCAGAAGAAGGCAGUGUCCUUCCCGUGGCUCGCUUUGAAUGUCUCUUAGGUUCUAAAAGUGCUGAACCCUUCAGAGUGGUUGGUGGACAAAGGCAAGGAAAGGAGAUGGGAGGAGAGGGACCCUCCAGGCCUGGUGACUCCCAUCUGCCAGCCUGUUUUGCAGGCCGCCACCGCCCUCUGGGCACGUCACCAGGCCCUUGGAGACAGCAGCCUUGUGGUUCUGCAUCCCCUGUGGGUUGGGAGAACACUCCCAGCCCUGUGGUUCCCUCACCACCCACACACUUGCUGAGAAGAAACCUGACACAGCCAGCAGCUCCACUGUCUGGCUACGUAGGGAUUUAGCUAGGGGACCCUCUCUGCCUCCCAAACCACCAGUGUCGUUCUCUGGAGGGUGUUUGGGCCACAGGUGAGACUUUCACAUCCAGGGGAGACUGACAGACUGAAAACCCAUCCCCAUUUGGGCUGAAUCUUGAAAAAUCCAUUGUCCGGGAGCCCCGGUGCCCACGGAGUUGUCUGUGUGCCGAGAGCAGGGCAGAAGGUGAGCAUGCUGUGGCCCUGACCCAGGUCCUGCCCCCAGGUCGGCAGGUGCAGGCCGAGGACAGGUCCAGGACAGACUCUGCCAGAAAGGACUUCUUCUUUUGCAUUUCCCCCCCGGGUGAGGACUGGGUUUGGGUGUGGAUUGGAUUUUGCUCUCUGUGCACCUCAGCACGGGGCCACCUGUGGCCUUCAUCCUGGGUGAGCACCUGACAGUACGCGUGGUUCAUGCCCUCCACUUCCCAAGGCUGCAGAGCUGGGUGACAAGCAGGCCAGAGGCUGUGGGUCCUCAGCAGGGCAGACCCCACCCCAGCUCACUUUCCCCCACUGCCUGCAGCCAGCUGCUGCGUCCCCUGCCUGUUCCCUGAGCCGUCACCCAGGCCAGACCCCAGCCCUAAGCACAUGCCAUCCUAAGUUCAGAAGUGAUGGGAGAGCACCUUCUGCUAGAGGGAAGGAUCCUGGCUAAGGGGCUCGUGGAGUGCUGGGCAGCCAGUCUGGGGGGAACACUGAGAGGGGCAGGUCACAGCCCAGCUUUUGCACAGACCCACUGGUCCCACCUUCCCCAACCCGGGCUUAAACUUAGGAGGCCCAGAUUUUGCAAUUAGCCUAAUCGUCCAGCCCCACAACGCUCCCCAAUGAGGAACCCCAGUGAACCAUCCAUCCAUCAUUCUGGGGCCAGUAUCCCCUUCCCUGGAGACACACAGCCAGGGGUCCCGCAAAUUGGGUUUGUCAAGUCUCCUCUCACCCAGUUAGCGAAAACUAAGAGAAGAGCCCGGUUUUUAAAAGAGAAUUCACUUGAGAACAAACCUAGAACCAGCCAUUUGGAAGACAGCUCUGAUGGGUGCAGGGGGAAAGCCCUACUGGAUUUUCAGCUUCAGCAACAAAAGCAUCCAUAAACCCUCCCCAGCCUGGUAAUCUGAGCUUAGAACUUUAAGGAAUGUACCUGCAGCCCUUAAACACGGACCAAUCCUCAGACUAGUCUGAACUUUCAAGAAUAAAAUGCACAUCCCUUCUCUACAUUUUCUCAAAUAGGUAUUUUUCAACCAUCUCCUAGUUGAGCCCAACUUUAGAAUGGCAUAUAGGAUCUCCCAGAGUUUUCAGGUGUUCUUUAGAAACUUCUAAAGCAAGUUUUGGAAGAAAGACUAAUAGCUGUAAAAAUAUAGACAUAUAUAUUAUAUAUAGUUAUAUAUAUUUAAAGAGAUCUCUAUAUAUAUAUAAUUACUGUACUCUCUGAAUCUGUACAAAGUAUGAUUUAAACAGCCCAGGUAGUGUGAGGUAUCUAAUGCAUGAACGUAAAUACCCUGAGGCCUGCCUUCCUAACAGUGUGCCGAGAGUACACGGGAACAUGGCUCUUGUUCCCAGGAGUUCUGUCUCGAUGGACAAAUACACACGGCGGUGCCGUCUUGCCCACCAACGAGCCAUUGAUGUCGACUCUGUGCUAAGACGUGGCACAGGAAGCAGGACCGGCCGCGUUGGGGGUGGGCUACAUGCAACUUCCGAGGAAGAAAG